GAGUGUAUAUGUAUGAGGUGACCCUGCGCGUCCCUGUUACACCUCAGUCGUCUCAACACUCCACCUGGGAAGAGGAAGAGGAAGAGGAAGAGGAGGGACGCUAAGUUUCAGCCACCAAGUCGGCGAUCCAGGCAGGAAAGAUGGCGCUCAGCAUCACCAGGAAAGAGAUCGAGGGGUUCUGGAGGAGGAAGGAGGAGGAGGGCCGCCUCGCCGCCGAGAAGGAGGCCGCCAGAGCCAAAGCCAAGACGCUUAAGAUGGAGGAUUAUAUGCUCUUCGAGCAAAUGAUAAGGGAGAUUCUCGAGGAGGGGGACGAUGGAGAGAAGGGCAUCAUCAAGAACCGCAUGAUGGUGGCACCUUCCACCAUGGUCGCCGAAUUACGGAUUGGGAUCAAGCACUGGUGGAAAAAAAGCACCUAUGCUUAUCUGAAUGAGCCGGCAGUGACGGCAUCGGUGGAUGACAACGGCAGAAGCAGACGCGCCGUCACUUAUAUUCCGCAAGACAGAUGCCUCAAAGUCCGCUCGGCAAUUCCUGCUUCAUUUGUCAUCUUUUAGGCGCUCUGUGUCCGUGGUAAGGACGUGCCGAUGCGUGUGUUACUUAUAUGUGUGUGUGUGCGCGCCCAUCAGCUAUUGUGUUAAGGACGAAAUAAUUUAUGAUGUGUACAAAUAUGUCUGUUUGCAAGUUUUUGUUGGUAGCUUACCAAGCUAGCUGCGUGGUGUGUAUAAAUAUGUCUGAAUGGUACUGAUAUCAAAUUAAGUGGAUGACCGUGUUGCUUGGUGCA